AUGCCGAAAGGUCAAUCCAAGGUUCCAGAGCAACUAAGUGCUUGUGGAUUACUCGGGCCUGAUAUCCUUCUUACGCAUGGUAGUGGAACGACACCUGAACAAGCAUCCCUUCUCACAUCGUUCGGGACAUACAUUGUCUCUACCCCAGACACCGAAAUAUUCAUGGCCUUAGGCGCAGACCCUGUAGCCUUCAGAGAGGACCUCCCACUCACAUGUCUCGGUGCAGACUGUCGCUCUUGUGGGCCUGUUAACAUGAUAUACCAGAUGCAAAUGGCUCUGGCAAGUGAUCGAGCAACGCAGAACACCAAGACCUUUUCUUCAGGACAUUACCUUGGGAAACCACGAGCUAUUAUACAGGCAGCUCGUGUAAUAAACAUGGACAAAGAAAUCGGGUCUAUCGCCGUCGGCAAGUUGGCUGAUCUGAUCAUCUUUGACACGUCAUCUCCUUCACUUGGCUGUGCAGCUGAGAAUGAUCCCUUGACAGCUAUUGUUCGUCAAGCCGGGGUCAGAAAAGUUGAAACAGUCAUUGUCGGUGGCAAAGUGCGGAAGCGUGAUGGGGUGUUACAGGAUGUAUACUUGGAUGAGGGUUCUCGCGAAGGUGGGUUUGACUUGCAACAAGAGGCAGCAGUUACAAGAAACGGGCAUUCAUGGAAACAGGUAGCCGAGGAGCUAUCAUUGAGUAGAAGGGAUAUCCAGGAGAGGAUUGGAAAGACUAACAGAGACUUGGCCAAGUCUAAAUUGCUCGGUAUGCUCGGAGGUUUAGAUGGUAUCCUGGUGGAUUGA